AUGACCAGCUCCGGACCAACAGUCUCCGUUGACCCCCAGCGGCCGCCCGUAGCUCCGUCGGAGACCCCGCAGUCCCUCCGCAAAUAUCCAGAACUGUUUGGCCAGCUGGGGGUACAUGAAGCCCCCACGCUGUAUCCCACCAUGGAAGAGUUUGCUGAUCCUCAUAAAUUUCUGCAAUCAAACAUUGCUUUUGGAGAAAAAUACGGCAUCCUGAAAGUUGUCCCCCCACACUCUUGGAAACCAGGAUUCUCGCUUGACCCAGAGACGUACAAGUUCACCUGUAGGAGGCAGGAGAUAUCUUUACUGGGCGUUGUUAAUCGCACGGCGAAAAACUACUCAGAUCGGCUCAGGGCCUUUCAUGCGAUGGCAGGUCGAACAGUGGGUUCUGUUCCUGCCCUCGACAUCAAGGCUGUUCCAUACUAUGAUUUGAAUCACUGUGUUCAAUCUAUGGGUGGAGUAGCGUCUGUUGAGAACCAAAAUCGCUGGCCAGAAGUGGCUUUUUCGCUGGGUCUAAAUAUGGCCAAUGCCAUGACUUUGAGACAAAUCUAUUUUGUUGAUAUCGAACCGUUCGAAAGAUACUGUCAACAAACUCGUACACGACUAGAAUUUCUGUUUGAAGAGGAGAGCGUAGAGGGCAGCGAAGAAGACGAAGAAGACGAUGAUGAAGACGAAGACGAGGGAGCUAGCGACGGCACAAAGCACGAGCUGAGAGAUUUCGAGGAAAUACCCCCCUACGAUCCUGACGAAACCUGCAUGAUCUGCCAUAGAACUGACACGCAAAUCGGCUGUUGUCGAUGUCAGUCCUACGCUCAUGUCCGUUGUAUUGCUACAUCAUCCCCAGGUCUUCAAACUUUACCAAAAUGGUACUGCCCAAAAUGCCUUGCUGAGCCAUUAAGGUUUUAUUUCAGCAAGGGUAAAAGCUACACUCUGAACGAGUUUAAAGAUCGCGCCGACAAGUUCAGAGCGACCCUUCUUAAGUCACUUGGUUCAGAGAACCUUCCCAAAGAUGCGCUAGAAGCUGUACUCGAAAAAGAAUUCUGGAGUAUAGUUGAGGGCUCUCGCUCUAAUGUCGUUGUUGAUUACGGGGCCGAGAUUCGUUGCGACGAAGAAGGAUCGGGAUUCCCCACCAAAGGAUCAUAUAAAGACGAUCCCUGGAACCUGAACAAUCUCCCGUUCGUCAAGGAGUCUCUAUUCAGAUACCUCGAUGAAUCUAUUUCGGGCGUGACUGUUCCAUGGGCGUACGUUGGCAUGAUCUUCAGUGCGUUUUGUUGGCACACUGAAGACAACUUUUGCUACUCGAUCAAUUAUCAGCAUUUCGGUGAUCCCAAGACAUGGUACGGGAUUCCGGCCCGCAGUGCCUCCCACUUUGAGAAACUCAGCGAAUGGCUUGCCCCAGAAGCCUUCAAAGAGGCCCCUGAUUUGUUGAAUGAACGGUCUUGUCUCGUCUCACCCCGCACGCUUACUUCUCAUGGAAUCCCCGUAUUUGGGGCCAAUCAGCGCCCAGGAGAGUUCAUUGUGACUUUCCCCAAUGUGUAUCAUGCAGGAUUCAAUCAAGGCUACAAUUUCAACGAAGCAGUCAAUUAUACCCCGCCCGACUGGGUGCCCUAUGGAUUCUUGGCCUUGGAGGUUUAUCGCACAAGAAAGCAUGUCCCCACGUUUUGCCACGAAUCUGUUGUGAUGCGGACAGUCCGCUUUGAACAGAGCAAAGAGAUUCUUGGUGCCGUUCUGCCGUAUUUCGCGCGAAUGGUCAAACACGAAAUCGAGAAACGUACAAAGUACCGGCGUCUAAGUGGAAGGCACUGUAACGAAAAACUCGUGACACAACGGGCAGUGGAUAUGGCAAUCCAGAAUCCCACCUACAAAUGCGUCUCAUGCAAAACAAUACCUUACUUGAGCCGAGUUUACACUGAAUCGGACCGGUACUACUGCACUGAAUGUGCCAUCAGCUCUUUCCAAUCUCGGGAUGCCAGAAUCUAUGGAAUCUUUGAGACUUUGUGCUCCGACAAUUCCUUGCGGGCACUGAUUUCAGAUACUAAAAAAGCAAUCUUGAAAUAG